AAAAGCAGAACCUUUUUACUCUGCAGUCACAAGGAGCGCAGACAGUUCGGUUCAGAGCAUCGAUCAGCCCAGCCUAGUCCCCAGACACAGCCAUGCUCCGGAGCAGACGCAGCGGGAUGGAGCUGGAGCUUCUGCUGUGGAUGAUGAUGAUGAUGCUGCUGCUGCUGAACUUCGUGGGACGCGCAGCGGCGCAGUCCAACCAGUACAGCAGAGCGGUGGACUGGCUGAGUAGAUAUGGCUACCUUCCUCCUCCAGAUCCACUCACCAGCAAACUGCAGACCAAAGAAGGGAUUGAGCAAGCAAUCCGUGUCAUGCAGAGAUUUGGAGGGAUCCAGGAAACCGGGUUAAUUGACAGCGAAACGCUGAAGCUCAUGUCCACGCCGCGAUGCUCGCUCCCGGACAUCAUCGGAGGCGAGGAGAUGAGGAGGAGGAGGAGGAGGAAGAGAUACGCUCUGUCAGGCCUUAAAUGGCACAAGACAGAUCUCACAUGGAGCGUCCACAGCUACCCGUCAAGAUCCUCUGUUAGCCCUGAUCAGGUGAAAAAUCUCCUGGCUCACGCCUUGAAAGCCUGGAGUGACGCCGCUCCGCUGAACUUCAGACAGCUGCCGGGCGACGGCGAAGCCGGAGGGGACAUCAGAGUUUCUUUUGCCUCGCUGCUCCAUAACGACGGGUAUCCGUUCGACGGGCCGGGCGGCACCCUGGCCCACGCCUUCUUUCCUGGCAUUGACGAAGUCUCCGGUGACACACACUUUGAUGACCAUGAGACCUGGAGCUACGGAGGUGGCGGCAGCACCACAGACCUGUUCACCGUGGCGGUGCACGAGUUCGGCCACGCUCUCGGCCUCUCUCAUUCCUCCUCGGAUCCGUCCAUCAUGAGGCCGUAUUACCAGGGUCCGGUGGGAGACGUGUCCCAGUACAAGCUGGAUCUGGACGACAAGCUGGCCAUCCAGCAGCUGUACGGCGCGAGAGACGACACACAACCAGGUGGAGUCAAUCCUGACCCACCGCUCUUUCCGAGUCCUCUACCCCCGAGGCCAACAACGCUUCCUGAACCUUCAUUCGAUGAGCGAUGCCAGGGAGGCUUUGAUGCAGUAGCAAACAUCAGAGGAGAGGUUUUCUUUUUUAGAGGUGCACAUUUCUGGAGAACUAAGCGAGACGGCUCUUUGUUGUCCUUACGGCCGGCUGUGAUCACAAACUUUUGGAUGGGCCUUCCGACAGGAACAAACAAAGUCGACGCCGUUUAUGAGAGAAAGAGCGACAGCAAAAUCAUCUUCUUCAUCGGCUCGCAGUACUGGGUCUUCAGCGACACGAAGGUAAUGAGCGGUUACCCUCGGCCCCUGUCCGACUGGAGAAUGACGACGCCGAGCGGCGCCGCGCCAGACCGGGUGGAUGCAGCCUUCGUCUGGGCCCACAACGGGAAGACGUACCUGUUCAGCGGGGGGCAGUUUUGGAGGUUUGAUGAAAGCCAAAAAACAGGCUAUCAGGAGCCAGAUCCCGGCUACCCACGGGGCAAUGACCUCUGGACGGGAAUGCCAACCCACAUGGAUGAUGUCAUCACCUGGGGUGAAGGAAACGCCUACUUCUUUAAGGACAAUUUCUACUGGGUGCUGAAGGACGGGGGAAUAAACCAGGAGUAUGUUUCUCCCAAGGCCACAGGGAUGGACUGGCUGCAGUGUCCGGGUCCUCCUCCGACGGCUGCGCCGCAGAAUCCUAGGAAGGAUUGCAGCUGUGCCUUCAACAGAUCGUCUCUGUCAUUGAGGAAUGACUGUCUGCUGCUGGUUGCCGUUAUGCUGAUAAUUAAUGGGUUGAUUUCUGUAAAUAACUAACUAAUGUGGGCUGUUUUCUCUACACUGCAGCGUAAACGGGACUCCUUUCUACCAUCAAACAGCUUUAUUUCUUGAUUCAAAGGGUUUACUUGCAGGAUUUGGCAACCGUAGAAUAGCAGAACUCUCCCAUCCCGGUUGUGUUUCACAUAUUUGUGUUUGUAGAAUAAAAAUGGACAAAAAUGCUUAAAUAUCAGCCUUUUUGGGAGUUUGAUAUUGUGGAGCGAGAAAAAUUAACAAAGUCCAAACCUUGUUAAAGAGAAAGAACAAAACACAGCUUUAUUUCACAUCUGCACAGAUGGAGAACUCAGAAGAGAUCUAACUAGACAAAGGAAUCACCUCUCUACAUAUACUGUAUACUGUCCUUCUCCCACAGACAGAGUGUCACCACCAACAUUCCCAAGGAGCUAAUCAGAUUAAUACACACACAGAGAAAAAUGCAACUUUCAGUUAAAAAUGGGUUUCAGACAGAAUAUUCUGUGUCUAAUAAUAAUCGCUCCGCCGUCGGUCUGGUCUGUCCCUCCGCAAGGUAUGACAACUAUUUACUUAUCGCCUGUUGCUAAGCUUCUGACACACUGAGGCAAACUGUGAAGGCUAAAAAGAGAAACAAUGACUCUGUAAGACUGAGUGAGACAUAAUAAACUAAUUAAACAUUGCAAGAUUAAUAUUAAAUAAACUUCUAAUAAAAGUAAACACACUGUAAAUAAUUAUUUUAUUCCACAAUAUUUAACACCAUUAUUCAGCAAAUGGAGCUCUUCUUUCACAUUUUAUUAUCUGAUCCAGACAGAAAUUUAGAAGAUUAAAACCGAGGCGCCUUCUUCUGAUUUCCAAAUCAAGUUCUUCCAAUAUAUUGUAGAUGUGUUUUAAAAUAUAUUCAACCAACUAUGAAUUGGUUUAUCCUGUUUUUAAAUUAUUACAAUUUGAAAUAUGGUAGUUAGAUUUUCUACGUGUGAUUAUAUUUUAACUUGUACAUUAUCUCUGUUUGUGGUCUAAGGUUUGCUGCUUAAUAAUCGUCUGAAUUUACUUGUUUUUGUGUUAAUAACAUUUGGAUAAAGGGCUGUUAUGUAGCUAAAUGAAAUCCUCAGAAAUUCACACAGAUGAACUGGAAAUGUUUGUUUUAAUGGAGUUUUCAGUGUAAAAUGAACAAUCAGACAUAUAAUUGCAAAUAUUCAAAAAUGUAAUCAGAACCUCUCACUAUUUGUCUGAUUUUUUUAGGGGUUUUUUGUACAGAAAGAGCAGACAAUAAACUCUUGUGCGUAUUGUU